AUGAAGUCCCUCGCCACCCUGUCCGCCCUCGUGGCCGCCGCCUCCGCCGCCUCUAUCGCGGUCGAGAGCCCCGAGCCCGUGAGCUACGACGGCACAAAGGUCUUCCGCGUGUCGGUCGGAGACGAAGUCGACCGGGUCAACGACGUCGUCGACAAGCUCCAGCUGAGCACCUGGAAGGGCGCCCCGAGGGCCGGUGCCUUCGCCGACAUCGUCGUCCCCGCCGCCGACGUGGGCGCCUUCGAGGCCUCCGUCGCCGGCAUGAACGUCACCACCAUGCACGAGGACCUUGGCGCCUCCAUCGCCGAAGAGUCGACGUUCUCCAUCUAUGCCGUCGGCUCUGCCAACGCCACCUGGUUCAACUCGUACCACGCCUACGCCGACCACCUCAAGUUCCUCAACGACCUCGUCGCGUCCUACCCCAACAACGCCGCCAUCGUCACCUCGGGCAAGUCGCUGCAGGGCAACGCCAUCACCGGCAUCCACAUCUACGGCACCUCCAAGGGAACCAAGCCCGCCGUCGUCUUACACAGCACCGUCCACGCCCGCGAGUGGAUUAGCACCAUGGCCAACGAGUACAUCGCCUGGAACCUCCUGAGCAAGUACUCCUCCAACACGGAGAUCAAGGGCUUCGUCGACAAGUACGACUUUUACAUCUUCCCCGUCGUCAACCCCGACGGCUUCAUCUACACCCAGACCACCAACCGCCUGUGGCGCAAAAACCGUCAGACCACCUCCGGCAGCAGCUGCAUCGGCCACGACAUCAACCGCAACUGGCCCUUCCAGUGGUCCGUCACCGGCGGCGCCUCCACGAACCCGUGCGCCGAGGACUUCAAGGGCGUCACCCAGGGCGACGCCCCCGAGACCGCCGCCCUCUCGGCCUGGCUGUCCAGCACGAAGAAGGCCCAGGGCCUCAAGCUGUUCAUAGACUUCCACUCGUACUCGCAGCUCUUCAUGACCCCCUACGGCUACUCGUGCUCCGCCGUCACCGCCAACAACGCCGAGCUGCAGACGCUCGCGAGGGGCGCCGUCGCCGCCAUCAAGGCCGUCCACGGCACCUCGUACCAGUACGGCCCCAUCUGCUCCACCAUCUACAAGGCCACCGGCAGCAGCGUCGACUACGUCCAGGACGUCGUCAAGGCCGACUACGUCUUCACCCAGGAGCUCCGCGACACCGGCAACUACGGCUUCGUCCUGCCCGCCAACCAGAUCGUCCCCACGAGCGAGGAGACCUACGCCGGCGUUCGCCACCUGCUCUUGAACAUGAAGUAG